ACUUGGUUGGUCUCUGCAGUGGCUUAUCCCAGUCUGUGAUAAACUACCCAAACCCAUUAGCAAGGAGGCUGAAGGCCUUAACCAGCGUUAUCCUUUCUCUGUUUCUCUCUCUCUCCCGUCAACAAUGACGAAAGGGACGGACCGUAUGAUGAGGAAUCUGAAGCAGUUCGCAGACCUACAGUACAAGCAAUUCUCGGCUCGUCACGGCCAACAAUUGAUUGACAUACUCGAAUUCCCAAUUAAGCUUGUUCUCUCUCCCUUCACCCUCGCUUAUGACAUUGCUGGUUCUGCUCCUCGCGGCUUUGGCAUCCCCGAGUUCAUUUCCAAACUCUCUUUCUCCGCCAUCUUCGUUGUUGCUACUCUUGGGACCUAUGAUAUUGCAUUAGACCUUGGAAAGAAGGUUCUAUGCCAAAGGAAUUGUCGAACCUGUAAUGGAUGGCAGGCAUUGCGAUGUACUAUGUGCAGAGGAUCAGGGAAGGUGCAAUACCAAGUGAAAAAUUUCUCCUUGAAAAGUGGUGAAAAGGCAACAGCUGAAUCCGUUGCAGAUGCCAUUUCAGACAAUCGGGCUGAGUUGGUGCACCUUCCUUCCACUGUGGAUCUUCAUUUGCCAUUGCCAUCUAAAGACUGCCCAACUUGUGAUGGAUCGGGUGUGAUGGGAUGUCCUGAGUGCAAAAACAAGUUACAAAUUAGGAUCUCUGCUGAUGAUAUCAUGGAGCCUCCCUGGACAGCCUAUAACAUAUUGAGAAAGAUGCACUAUCCUUAUGAGCAUAUUGUUCACAGCAUGAAAGACCCCAGCAUUGCUGCAUUUUGGUUACUUACAAUGCCUCAGAUUGUGGGGGGAUUUAACUAUGAUGAUGAAGUCAAGCAGAAGAUUUGGUGGCAAUACAAGGAAUCUAUGAGGUAUGAUCAACUUCGAGAUGUAGUAGCCAAGCGAAUACCUGGCUGGGAGCAUUUGCAAGAGGCCUUGAUCUCCAUAGAUCCUGUCCGUGCUAGGGAAGAUCCUGUUGUAGUAAAGAAUGUACCUUACUACAAGGCCAGAAAGGCACUGGAAGCUGAAGUCAUGAAGCUUGAUCCUCCCCCACGGCCUCAAAAUUGGGGUGAGUUGAACCUUCCGUUGAAUGCAUCUUCUUGGAGUGAGGAGGAUCUCAAAGAUCCAAAAAAAUUAUAUGAGAUGACUGUUCUUCUCAAUGCACAAAGAGAAAUUGCUGAUCAAGUUUUGGAUGCACAGUGGCAAACAAAAUGGCGCCAAGAAAAGUUAAAUGAGACGUUGAAAGAGAAGGUGCAGCCAUAUAUUCAGAGCAUUGAUAAUGGUGUCCUUUCCCAGCCUAUCAUAAUACAAUCUCCAAAUCAGGAUCAGAAGGUUUCUAUCUUCCCUAUGCACUUCCUUUAUUAUGUUUUUUUUCUUGUAGUGCUCCUUUUGGUGUUUGAGAAAAGUAGAUGCUGGAGCUGGGGUUUGAAGCACAAGAACAUGAACUUCUGUGAGACUGUCGAUAUCAGAUCUAGACUUCUUAAAAUUGGAAGUGGUCUAUUUCUUGUUAUGUUGCUUUGGAGGAAAUUAGCCCAAUAUGGAGGCCCCAUGAGAAAAGCAUUAGUAUGCUUCUUUUUCUGCUUUAGUUUUUCCGAUUACAAAAAUGAAACCAUUUCUUGGUUCCUUUAUCCAGUCUUAAUCCUCAUCAUUGAAUAACAUAUAUUUGAUAUGUAACAAGAGCUCGGACUCCAUAAGGAUGAUUAAAUUCUUAUCCAACAGGGAAAUACUAUUAUUAUGAUAGGAGGAUUAAUAUUGGGCUUAAAUGUACAGGAUUCAAAUUGAUGGUAGAGGGACUUAAGAAAAUUUGUACCUAUUUAGGGCAUCCAAAAUUUGUAUCAUGUUGAUGUCCUUGCAUUAAAAGGAUCAAAAGUUUCUGCACUUGUUGUUUUUGAAAUAUCUGUGGUCUGUGAAAGAUCUCUUGAUCAAAGGCCUCUGAUCUUGGAUUCAGAGUGAUAAGGUUUAUAUAUGGGAUGAUAAAAGGGUCCUUGGUUCUGUAAACCAGACCUUGGUUAAUUAUCAAAAUGGCAGGGCUGAAGAAUAGACUGGUUUCUUGUUUUAUCAACCAAAAAACUCACUCUUGGGGUGGAUGAUCAUCCAUAGUUUGUUUUGGGUUUCCCAGGUUUUUUAGACAUAAUUCUCACAAAGAGAUUGUGGAAGUGGGAGUUUCGUUAAUUAAUAAGAUUUGUGGUGGUUUAGUGAAAAAUAAGGAACAGUAUUUGCAAGGUUUGUUUGUAGAACUUGUUUGUGCAAGUGGAUUUCAGGAUUGGUUCAUUUGGAUGGUUCUGGACUUUAUUUAGUGAAAUCACAGUAUUUCCUGUUGUCCUAGAGUCCUUACCUUGUAGAUAGUAUGGGGGCUUCCAUGAUGCCAAUGGCCUCUCGUUUCCUUUGCAGAAUCCAAAUAUUACUUUAGAGGCGGUUUAAUCACUGAGUCAUGUUUUCUCUGUAGCAGCUUGAAGGAAACCAUUGAUGUUUUUGUCCCCUGUGAAAGCUUGAAAAUGUCCUUGGCUGCUUUUGUUGCCAUGAUGGACCUUUGGUUCACUAGAAUUUUUAUGAUAAUUAUUAUUGUAUUACAUUGCAGGUUAUCAAUUUCAAACACACGAGUUUUAUUCAUUAACUACAUAAAAUGCUUCAAGACAUUCUCCUGACCUCAUUUGACUUAUGUGCUGCAGGGAAAAACCCGGAAACGGAGAUGGUGGUUAUUUUGAUGUGGAGGCAGUUUCAACUACAAUGUAUCAGCAGAAAGGAUAUAUCUGGACUGCACCAUGCCAAAUCUUCAGACACUUCUUUCACGAGUAAUCAUAUUUGAUUCUUUUGCCCAGGAUCUUCCUCCUGUAUUGCCCACAUUUUGUCCUUCAGGUACUCUGCACUUUCAUCUCCCCUUUGGAAUGCAGAAAGACCUUGUUCUCAGAAUAGUUCUUGUUUUUCAACAUAGUGAUUGACAAACUCUGAGAGUGUUUGUUUAAAUCUCAUGACUUUUCCUUAAUUUGAUAUUAUUUGACUGAACUUUUUAUUCGGUUUUUAUAUGCAGUCUGAACUUAUCCUAUCA